AUGGCGACAUGGCAAGAACGAUUGGCUGAACCGAAAAAGGUUCGAUUUGUUGUAUAUGAGACUUGGAUCCUUUUCAACUCUGGAUCCCCAACCUCCUCAUCAAUACCCUCUGAUGACGAUUCGCCAACUGCCCAAACUGUCAACAUGCCUGCCCAACGACCCUCCUCUGCCCCUGCUUCCUCAACCUCCUCCAGUAGUGUUUUUCCUGGACCAGGUCGAACGCUUGGCAUCCUGGUCCCGACCUCUCUUUCGUCCUCAGCCUCCAAUGGCUCUACCACAUGCAAGCCUAUGCAGCUCAACCUCCACACCAAUGUCCAACACUCACGCCUCAUGCCCAUCCCUCAGCUCAGACGACGAACUGGACCUGCCGCAACCACCAACGCCACUGCCCAGUCCAGUUCAAGUAACAUGGCACGGAAUCCCCCUGCCACCUCUUCCAACAUGACCACCACCACUAGCACUUCAACCGCCACUGCCAACCGCUCCGCCGAUGCUGGCACUCGUGUGCACAACAGGCAUACUCGCUCGGACGCAUCGAGCCUGAAUUCGAGCAUUCAAACAGACCGACGAGGACAUUGA